AUGGCACUGAAACAGGUGUUGCUUAACGUCAGUGAUAGAAAAGUAACACAUGGGUGUCGAGGUCCUCAGAAUUCUGGGACUUGUAGUUUUGACACGAAGCGGCUGUGCUAAGCUACACUCGCACGCCAGGUUGUUCGCCAUGUGGAGCCUGUAGCUAACGGGGAAGGAAGGCAACCUCUCAGCCUCACACAAGCCGUCUGCAGCCGCUGUCAGUCAUCAUGUCAUUUUGUUUUAACUUCGACGUUCCCGGUCAGACAGCCAACACGGACAACGUGGAUGGAAAUGAGUUGCAAAACAGCAAGACAGACAGUGCUGCUAAAGCUAUUGAGGAGAAGACCGCACCAGCGGAGCCAGUAAAAGAGGCUAAAGAGCACCCUCCACUAUCUGACCCGCAGUUCCCCCUCGUGGAUGCUGUGGCUGAAACGGUUACCAUAGGAACGCUUCCUCCGCUUCAUUUUCUCAACGAGACGGUUUUCGAAAAGACGGCCUCGGAGAGAGACGACGGGGAGAAAAUUCUCUCCCGUACUGCCAAGCAGAGGUCUGACCUCAUCUCUGGCGUGUACGAGGGAGGGCUGAAGGUGUGGGAGUGCACUUACGACCUUCUGGAGCUGAUUGAGAAAGAGGGAGAGACUUUCGGGGGAAAGGCGGUUUUAGAUUUAGGCUGCGGCGCGGGACUGUUGGGUAUACUGGCUCUGAAGAGAGGAGCAAGGCUGAUCCACUUCCAAGAUUACAACAGUACAGUUAUUGAACAGCUCACAGCGCCAAAUGUAAUGCUAAACUGCCAGGAGGAGGAUGACGUAGACAGUGAAGAUGACAAAGAAGGGAAGGGCAGAGGGGUUUGUAAAACGAAGGUGGAAGAAAAACAGGAGGUAAAAGAUGGCAGCCCACCAACUAAGAAAAAAGCUGUCGACCCCUCCCACCAGCCAUUGCUUGCCAAGUGCCGUUUCUUCUCCGGUGACUGGAGCACAUUUCUUGCUUUGGUUAAAAAGGAGGAGCCACAACCCAAAUACGACAUUAUAUUCACUUCAGAGACCAUCUACAACACCGCAUACUACCCCACGCUACACGAGACCCUCCACAGGCUCCUGGCUCCAGGAGGACUGGUCUACCUCGCCACCAAAUCCCAUUACUUUGGCGUAGGAGGCGGGCUGCACCUGUUUGAGAUGUUUGUGGAGCAGAGGGGUGUUUUCUCUGUGGAUCACCUGUGGGACGGGGAAGAAGGACUUCAGAGACAUGUUGUAGUACUGCGUUUUAAAAAUGACAAAGGACACUUGUGUCAGUAAAGAAGUCUUGGAUUUAAUACAGCUUUAUAUGUGUAAUAACUGUCAGUGAGUCUUGUGCUCAUUUAAAAAACAAUGAUCACUUUACAGUUUAAUGCAAAUAAAAUUCCCAGGUACUGCUGGGCGAUAUAUCCACAUAAUCUUGUUAAGGUCAUAUUAGAUUAUGUAUUGUCUUUCGAGUUUGAAUAUUUUGACUCUGGCUUACGUCUUUUCCUGGUUUUAAAGGCUGCGUUACAGUAAAGUGACGUAACUUUCAGAAUUUACCGGACUGUUGUACUUUUUUUUAAUACUUCCCUUUACCCACUUAGUGAUUAAACCAACUAAGGAUGUUAAUGAUUUAUCAUCAAUCCAUCGAUCGUCUUAAGAAUUUAAGUUGUAUUCAAUUAAAAAUGAUAUGAAUUUUUCUAAAUACAAAAGAAAUUCUAUCCAAACUGAUAUUAUUACUUUUUUGCUGUUUAGUAGCAGGGCUCCAGACCAACCUUUUACACUAUUGCAUGUUGUAUUGUAUUGUAUUUGUUUUGUUUUGUUUUUUGACACAAUAUGUAAGUGAUUGUAAACAGGAAUAAUUUACGGAUAAAGAUCUCUCUUUAUUUCCGUCACAGCAUUACAUGAAAAAGUGCUCUUUGAAAAUGUUUAAAGGCUAGUAUCAUUCACAGACAACUGUCUCCAAACAAACAAAAUGUUUCUAUACCUGUAUUUAAUCUGACCUGCUGAAUACCAGACACUCAAAUUGCCUCAGUGGUUAAAAGAGUUCAUUGAAUGGACACAUGUCCAACCUACACAAACAAAUAAAUUAGUUGGGGAUAUUUUAGUAUUUUUCUUGAUCGUUUAUUUUCUGACAGCUGAUCUUUUAUUUUGUGUUUUGACACAUUUCAUUUGACUUUUAUUGCUUUUCCAUGCACUGGCAUUUAAUCACCCAUACCCCUAACUCAUUCUGAGUGGUUUAUUUAAUAUUUUAUUUAUGAUGAACCACUAAUCUAUUGUUAUGGCAGUCAUCCAUUAGUUAAAGAUGUAGCCACAUUCACAUUACUGAUGCUUUUCUACCAAACCUGUCAUUGUGAUAAUAUUUUGUGGAAGUAUCUAUAGCCAACCAAUAUCCAAUAUUGUGGUAUUUGUUCAAAGUUAUCAGGAUUUUCUUUUUUUUUUCCAUCGCCCUGUCCUAUCAUUUAAGUGCUUUUGACACUAUUUAAAAAUAUGGAGAUGUAUUAUUAAUUGCCAUAAAGCCUUAAAGAUAUUGCAAUAUUUGAGGCCAUAUGGACCUGGCCUUUAUAUCAGGAUGUCCUUUCAGUUUUCCAUAUGACGCUUUUGAGUUGUGUGUUGGUGGUAAAACAAGGAAGAGCUAUAAUAAAAUAUGCUCUCUCA